CCUUGAGCGCAGAGAGGGCUGCGGGCGCCGCGCGGGCUCGGGACCUGCCGCCCCCACCCGGUUGCCGAGGUCGGCGUCGCCGCCGCGCGGUUUCGGGGAGGCCUGCUCGCUGCGCGGCCUUCUCCCGGCCAGCUGUGCGGGCGGCUGGACCAGCAGCAGCAGGGAGGACUCGGGCGCCGGCGGCAGCAGCGACACCAUGGAUCUGUCCUUUAUGGCCGCACAGCUGCCCAUGAUGGGAGGUGCCUUCAUGGACUCGCCCAACGAGGACUUCAGCACCGAGUACUCCCUCUUUAACUCCUCCACCAAUGUGCACGCGGCCUCCAACGGCCAAGGUCAGCCGGAGGAGCUGCCAAGGUCCUCCAACGACGCCGUCUUGCUCUGGAUCGCCAUCAUAGCGACGCUGGGUAACAUUGUCGUGGUGGGGGUGGUGUAUGCCUUCACCUUCUGAGCCGCGGGAGCUCCAGGAUGCCCCCGCCCCGCGCUGGGCUCACAGCGGGGCACUGUCGCCGUGGGCCUUUGGCUGCACCCGCGUUCUAGAACCGGGAGUUCUGACCAGGUGCGCCGUCUCUCCAAGGGGAGCCACCAUGCGUCUGGGAUUUCCCCAAGCGGCCCUGAUUUCAGAUACUCCAGGCUGUGGUCCAGCUGAUCGAGAAAAUGUGGGAGCCUGGGCUUCCAGCCCCCAGAGGCA